AAAGCGUCUAUACGUUCCGGAGCAGGUGCUGAUGAUGUGUUUCAGCCAAUAUGGUUUCCUUUUGAAACUAUGGAAAGAUUUUUAGGCACACUGUAUGACGUGGAAGAAACAAUUAACACGGAACAAAGGAAUUAUCAAGCUGAGCAUGAGGCACAAUCUCCAGAUGUCGAACCGCUACUUCAAUCACCACUACCAUACCAGCAAAUCAGUUCGCCGUCACAGUCAGUUCCUUCGCCAUCACAGGCAGACCCAUCAUCGACACCAGUAUAUAAUAGGCCAAAAAAAGGCAAAAAAAGACCAAUCCUUGACAUAGAUGAGGCUCAAAAUAAAAUAUCUCAGACUUUAGACACUUUGAACCAAGUGUUAAAAGAUAAAAAUACUCAUACAAGUGAAAAGAAUGAAGACGAGUGUGAUCUUUACGCGAAACUCUUAGCUAAAAGAUUACGAAAAUAUCCCGAGUCAAUGCGGGGAAGAAUUAUGUACCAAAUAGAUGGGUUAUUUUUGCAAAAUCCUUAUCCAACCAUCGACCAUCAAGUUGAUCGACCAUCAAGUGUCUUCUCAAAUCGUUCAUCGGUAACGUCAUCGCAAUCACAGUAUUCAGAUUAUCAAAUCACAUCAAACCCACCGAUUCAACAAUCUCAACUUGUUUAUAUUCAACCAACGGUACAGUCUGACACACCAGUAGAGAUCAGAGAAAUAAGCCAGGAAAAUAAUGACAUUUCAGCUUCUCCACGCCAAAUGAUGCUACAAACUUCAUCAACACAAUAUGUCUUGCCACCAAGAGUACUGUCCAGAUUACCGGAAAGACGUGUUACACCUCAAAACCAAAUGAAUGUGAUAGAAAGAGCCUACUGGGAUGCUAGCCAGAAUUGAAUUAUAAUUAUUUUAUUUGAAUAUAAUAAAACAUAAUUUUAAAAUA